GUUAGCUCCGUGCCACCAGCAAAACCACUGCACUUAUUCGCUCCUGUUCGACCUGAAUAUUAACGGGAACUUUGCUUAAACUGCAAACAAAUAAUAUUUAUUGUUCGGUUGAACUUUGCGAAUCUCUAGCGUUCUUCCGAAUCGUCUUAAUGAAUACGUAGUAAACUCUAAAUCUGAUUUUGAAAUCUCAACAUAAUUUCAGAAUAUUUAUUGUUAAAAUGUAUACAUGAACUCGUAAGUAACAUGAGUUGCUUUUAAUUUUUUGGAGUUUUUAUCUGCAAAAAUCCCUCAAUCUAAUUAAGUAUUAGAAUAAACAUGGUGGUCAGUGCCUCACGGACAUCCCAGUCCUCAGCUCUGCCCGAAGUCCAGAAGCAGAAACAGCUUCCCAAUGAAGAAUUAUCCGAAUCCGCAGUCCUACAAAAUCGUAUCAGCGAUGGCACAGCAGAGUCUCUGGAAGCUACCAGGCGGAUGAUGGCGUUAUGCGAGGAGAGUAAAGAGGCAGGGAUUCGAACUCUCGUGGCUUUAGAUGACCAGGGAGAACAACUGGAUCGUAUCGAAGAAGACAUGGACAAGAUCAAUGCAGACAUGAAAGAAGCUGAAAAAAAUUUGACAGGAAUGGAGAAGUGUUGUGGUAUCUGUGUAUGUCCCUGCAACAAGUCCAAAGAGUUCAAGGAAGACCCAAGCACGUGGAAAGGUAAUGAAGAUGGGAAAAUAGUGGGAAACCAGCCAGCAAGAGUUAUGGACGACAGGAAUGGGGCUGGACCAAUGGGAGGCUACAUUGCGAAGAUUACCAACGAUGUUCACGAACAAGAAAUGGAAGAAAACAUGCAACAGGUUAACACAAUGGUUGGAAAUCUGCGUAACAUGGCGAUAGAUAUGGGAAGUGAAAUUGAAUCUCAGAAUAGACAGUUGGACAGGAUCAACCAAAAGGCAACAUCCAACGAGUCACGGAUCACAGCCGCCAACCAGAGAGCCACAAAGCUGCUCAAGGAUUAGAGCUUUGCCAGUGUUGUAUGACACCAAGAUCAACUUUGUAUUUGGAAAAAGAAAACAAUCUGGUUGAUCACAAAUCGGACUUUGAUAUUGUAUCUUUGUUUUUCCUCGGUACUUAUUUCAUUGUAUGCCAACGUCAGGUUAUAAAAUUCAGUUGUUGUUUCCUGCGUAGUUUAUGAACGGAGAUUUGAUGACUACUCAACAUGCUCUUGGCUUUUCUUCAAAUGCGGAACAUAUUCCAUGCAAACGAGGGCUUAUUUUGGCCUUUUUGUAUCGUAAAUACUGUGUUUAAUUUCGUACAGCCGUUUUUCAAAGCUAAGUUUGUAAACCAAAUUGUUGAUCGUUAGUAAGCUAUAACUAAAUCAGUUCGUUGUUUCAAUGUACAAAUGCUUAAUCUGAAAUAACACCUAUAUAAUACUUAUUUAAAAGAUACUCAGCAAAAUCUAACCUGCUUGGAAUUAAUAUUUUAAGGAUUAUUUGUGCGUAUAUAUAUAUAUAUAUAUUCGUUCAAUUAAGUGUUUUUUUCUUAUUCAGCGAGGCUAAAAGAUAGUCUGCUUGUAUAAAUCACAAAGUAUUAGAAAGCAAUAUGCCGCCAUGUUGUAUCUAAAAACAUUAUCGUAUUCAUUAUCCUUACUUUGAAGCAUGUUUAAGAACAUCUGAUCAAAUCAGUUUGAUGCCCCUCAGUAUGAAUAUAUUAGAUAUCAUUUUUUUCAUUCUAGUUUAUUAAACACUUGAGGACUAAGCCUAAAUGUUAUCCAAAUGGCAACUGUGCUAAAUUAUUGUGAUUGUUCACAAAGUAACCAUUUUCUCUCAAUAACUUUAGAAAGAUCGUAUCAGACCCAUUUAUAUUCUUUCAACCCUUUAAAGUAAGCUGUUGUAAAAACAAUCUCAAGUAAAUAUUUAUUUAAUAAAAUUCACAAGAAUAUUUAAAGUUACUUUCUAGACUCAUGGCGGUGUUAAAAGUGAGUUUAUUAUUCUUUAAGCUAAGUCAUUUCUUACAUUUCAUAUCAAUGAAGGAAGUAAAUAAUUAAUUUCAUUAUAAAAAACAGAUUAAUUAUGUAUAAGGAAAUAUAUAUUUUUCAAUUUCACAUUAAACAUGCUAAUGGCUUUUAACACUAUAUUCUAUACAUUUUACAAGCAAAACGUGGACGUGGAAUGUCAUCUCAUUAUAUACAUGGAUAUAAAUUCAUGCAUUACAGGCAUAUAUAAGAUUCGAAUAAAACUUGUGGUAGGUACACAAUGGUAUUCCGUAAUAUUAACUGUUUUGUACAAAAAUAAUACUUGGAUAUUGUCAUUAAGUUCGGAAUAUAUAUAUAUUUAGUUAACAACCAAUCCCCUAUAAGUUUACAUAUUUUAUGUAUUUAAAAAGUAAGUUUGUAAAUAGCACAAGUAUAGAGAGUUAGAGACAAAUAAGUGUGAUUGGUGCUACAGUAGUUUUUCGUUCUUAUUCCGCAAGAGAAAAUAGUCCACAAAAAUCUUUAUUCAUCAAACCAUCUUUUGUUCUUUAUUAGUAGGUACUACAGUAGUAGCCCAAGUAUAAUUUUGAAAUGUGAGAAUAAGUAUUUUACGGUGACACUAGUAUAAUAGCAACUCUUUUCAAACUUCCAACUUUAGUGAUUGUUUCAAUAUAAUAUACUGUAAACUAAUUAAUCCAUGAUAUUUUGGAAUCGUAGGUAACCAAAAAACAAAAUGAAUAGAUUACAAACAUAUUUAUUCAGAAGUUUUGUUGACAUCUUUUUCUAUUAUAUUUGUAAUUUACUUUUCUUAUUUAAAUGUUGUAUUUAAUGUUGUUUUGGUAACAAAAUUCCUUUGUUGAAAUAUCAAGAAAAAAAUAAUUUUGUACUCGUUUAUUUUAUUUUAAAAUGGUGUGAGAGAAGUAACAAACUAAAACUUUAACUGACCUAUAGUAAACUUAGUAGAAAAUUAAAAAAAAAAAUAAACGAGUUGUGCUUUCAGAAGGUUUGACUCAAAUGUUGUUUUGAAAUAAGUUGACGUAUUUUGUUUUUCAUUUUUAUUUUUUACUGUACUUAUUGCUCUUUGAAACAUAUAUUACUAAUAAAUCAAUUCCAUUUUA